AUGUCUUUUGCCGAUAGAGAACAGCCGAAGACCAUCUGUCUUUUCGACGUUGACGGAACCCUGACUCCAGCCAGACUCACCAUCUCGCCAGAGAUGAAGGCUACUUUGCAGGCCCUCAGAAAGAAGUGUGUUAUUGGAUUUGUUGGAGGAAGUGAUUUUUCCAAGCAGGUCGAGCAGCUGGGCUCUGACGUUUUGGACCAAUUUGAUUUCUGUUUCAGUGAAAAUGGUCUAACCGCCUACAAGCUUGGAAAAGCGCUUCCUUCUGCAUCCUUUAUUGGCUGGAUUGGCGAAGAGAAGUACAACGAGCUGAUCAAGUUUAUCUUGAGAUACCUUGCCGAUCUGGACUUGCCGAUCAGAAGAGGAACGUUUGUUGAAUUCAGAAAGGGUAUGAUCAACGUUUCGCCAAUUGGAAGAAACGCCUCCACCCAGGAGAGAAAUGACUACGAGAAGUACGACUUGGAGCACAAGAUCAGAGAGAAGAUGGUUCAGGCUCUCAAGGACAAUUUCCCAGACUUGGCUCUGACUUACUCCAUCGGUGGCCAAAUUUCUUUUGACGUUUUCCCUACUGGCUGGGACAAAACCUAUUGUCUGCGUCACAUAGAAAGCGAGGGCUUCGAGCAGAUCCACUUCUUUGGUGACAAGGCCUACAAGGGAGGCAACGACUACGAGAUCUACACGGACGAGAGAACUAUUGGACAUGCGGUCAAGAACCCUGAAGACACUCAGGCUAUCUUGAAGGAGCUCUUCAAGCUAUAAUAGAGAUAUGUAAUCAACUCGUCAACUCAUCAACCGAACAUAUGCCAGCACCAGGGCAAACGUACCGGUACAAACACCAAAAAGCCACUGCAUCACCUGCGUUUUCACAGACUCGAUCUGGACCUUCAUAUUUGCGAUUUCCUCGUCGAUUCUCGUGUCGGUUUCCUUAAUCUUUAAAUCGUAGAUAGAGUUCUCCUCGCGCACCCGUCCUUUUUCGAGAUUUAAGUCGAGCCUCACUCCCGACAAGCUCUUGUUCAUCUCUUCUUUGAACUUCGUGCGCAUUUUCUCCAAGUCGCUGCGUAGCCGUUCGUGUUCGUUCCUUAGACUGUUGAACUCCGAUUUAUCGAUCAUCUGAAGCUCACCCUUCAAUUUGGCAAAGUCCACCUUCUGCUGGUACGACAUCUUGUUUAACGUCUCCUUGGUUAUUAGAUUUGCUGCAUACUUGUCGAUGCCAUCGUUAAUGGCCUUACUCAGAAUUUCCACAGCCGCGUCUGCUUUUUUGGCGUCGAAUCCGGAGUUUCUGAGCUGCUGGACAAAGGAAUGUGUAUCAAAAUGCGGCGUGUUAAGUUUCGGCGAGAAACUCGAAAACCUGCGAAUGG